GAUCUUGGGCUAUAUUGGCUUGUUACUGCCAAUGUCAAAUCAUCCAAAUGUUUAUUUGAUGUGGUUUAUUUCCUCUUCAUCUAGUGACGCGUGAAGGUAAUUUAUCUACGGUUUAUCACGUCACAGCCGACGGCAAGGAGCAGCUCACAAACCAGCAGGAAAGCGCUGGGUGGGCAGCUAUUCUGAGUUCGUUUCAGGAGCGUCAGCCACAGUUUUCAAUUAACCGUGGACUUUGAGAUUUGUCAACAAAGUCGGGGAGGUCACACCUCGUCUAUAUCUGACACGGAUAUUACAUAACACAGGUGACAAGUCAGACAGGUAGUUUAUUGUGCUGACCCAUAACGGUCGAUGAGUUUAGGCCGUGAUAUGUUUUCACAAACGCCGAUACAUGUUUCAUGAUCUGGUCGUCAGAGAGCCGACCGAGUGACCGACGUCUGAAACAUGAAGGGACUGUGUCCAUUCCGGUGGUUUGUGACAGUGUUGUGCGGGUUUCUGUUACAUGUACGUCAUGGAUUUGCGGGAACGUUGAAGCUCGAUGCAUUGACUGAAACGCCCGUACUGAUCGACGAAAGUGACGUGAAGAGUGUCGUUUUCAACACAACUUUGGACAGCGCAAGACCCACAUCCGCAUUCGUGCAUUUCGUUACCGAGGACCCAAAGAUCGCCGAGAUCACUGGGAAAGACGUGUUACCCAUAACUGAAAAUGUUACCAUACAAAUACGAGGGUUAUUUUUAGGGCAAACAUAUGUCAAAGUUUUAUCGAACAGUUCCGAUUUAGCCUCCGGCAAUGGGUCGUGCCUAUCUAAGGGAAGUAACUCGGCUAACACUUGGUGUGAGUUGGAUAAAAAAUAUGAAAUUAUUGUAAGUCGUAAAACGAGACCCAUUGACACUGUGUUUAAUGUGGUGGUCAUUUGCCUUGUUGUUGUGGCAAAUAUUGCCAUGGGCUGUAAAGUUGAAAUUCCUGUUGUCAAGGAGACCAUGAAGAGACCAAUUGCACCAAUCACAGGACUAGCAUCCCAGUUUAUCCUGAUGCCAGUGAUAUCAUUCCUGUUCGCAUACUUCAUUGCCUUCCAGCCUUCACUACGUCUGGGGUUCUUUGCCCUUGGCUGCUCACCAGGGGGCUCUGCCAGCAACAUAUACUCAUACCUGAUUGGAGGAGAUGUCUCUCUCAGCGUUACCAUGACAUUCAUCAGUACUGUGGCUUCUCUAGCUCUGAUCCCCCUCUGGUUGUUCACACUGGGGACGCAUGUCCUGGCCAAGGGAACCAACCUGAAGAUUCCAUUCACCAACAUCUUCGUGUCCCUGGUGGGGCUGGUCAUCCCCAUCGCCAUCGGUCUCAUCAUCCAGCACAAGAGACCAGAAUGGGCCAAGAAACUGGUGAAGAUUAUUCGACCAAUUACUGUCAUCUUCCUUGUGUUUGUUUUCACCGUUGGGGUGUACGCGAACUGGUACAUAUUCCGCCUGCUGGAACCAGUGGUCCUCAUCGUCGGCUGCCUUCUGCCAUACUGUGGCUUCUUCUUUGGGGGACUUGUUGCCUUCUUUGCUCGGCAGUCAAAGAAAAAUAUCAUCACUAUUGCCAUUGAAACUGGAAUUCAAAAUACAGGAAUAGCUAUAGUUUUGUUGAGAUUUUCCCUGCCUGCCCCAGCUAAAGAUAUCAGCAUUGUAGCUCCUAUAGCUUCUGCCAUCUUCACUCCCAUCCCCUUGGUCAUUGCCAUUCUGUAUGUUGAAAUCCGGAAAAGAUGCUUCAAGAAAUAUCCCGUGAACACCAAGGCCAGUUGUGAUGACCAUGCCGACAUGAUUGGUAAUUCACACAAUUCUUCCAAGGCCUCAUCUCGGGCUCCAGUCUAUGAAAUUGCCAACAGCAAGGAUCACGGAGAUACGCUGGAGGGGUAGGUAGGUGUACGAGGAGAGUACGUUCCUUGCAACAUGUGGCUUCUUCAAAUGUUCCUAAGCCACUUCAUGACCUGCUGCCUGACCGUCCGUGGAAACAGGAGAGACCUCUGUGUCUGUGUCUCAUUCCUGUAGCCAGGAGUUGGACAUGAACGUUAGCAUGGUCAAUGACUGUUGUGUGCAAAACAUUUACAUCAGUAGCCGUAAUUAGGUGACAGUGUUGUAAAGGAUUGUACAUCAAAGAU